GGAGGAAGGCUUGGCUGGCUGACGGCGCCCGAGAGGAGAGACCCAUCCACUCACUCGCCAGGGAGACCCCAGCCGGGCCGCGGAGCAGGAGCAGCGUCUGGCUUCGGGGAGCGGGGGGGCUCCAAGUUUUGCCCUCCCUGCCUCGUCUUCCUUCUGCUUCCCGAUCCCGUAAGUGAGACCUGGGAGUCACCUCAGCUACCAAGGACUAUCAUGGCUGAACCAGAUUACAUAGACGAAGACAAUCCUGAACUAAUUAAGCCUCAGAAACUCAUUAAUCCUGUAAAAUCAUCCCGGAACCAUCAAGAUCUUCAUCGAGAACUCCGCAUGAAUCAGAAAAGGGGCCUCGCUCCCCAGAACAAGCCAGAGCUUCAGAAAGUGAUGGAGAGACGGAAAAGGGACCAGGUUUUCAAGCAGAAGGAAGAGGAGGCCCAGAAGAAGAAGUCAGACUUGGAAAUCGAGCUUCUCAAGCGACAACAGAAAUUGGAACAACUUGAACUUGAGAAGCAGAAGAUCCAGGAGGAACAAGAAAACGCGCCUGAAUUUGUCAAGGUCAAAGGCAACUUGAGAAGAACGGCCCAGGAAUCCUCAGAGGCUCCCAACUCCUAGAGGACGAAACUUCUCCUAAGACUUGAAGCUGCAGCUCCGGUGGGCCUUGGGGUGGGGGUGGGGGUGGGGUAAAGACUUCUGCAAGGCACCUGUGCCCCGGAGUGGACGCAAAACAUGGUCAAUACAAGGUCAAUUUCUAGAUCCUGUUUUGAAAGGACGACUGCUUAGAAGUCCAAACUUGCCAGUAAUAAUACGAAGAUCAGCGGGCAAACAAGCAACAUGCUUUUUCCUACCCAAGCUAAGACGGGAAACCUAUUUUGAGGGGCUGGGUUGCUUGUUUACUCCUGAUCGUGCUUACGUGAGCAUCUCAGGCUAGUAUGUCUGCAUUUUGUUUCCCUUCUCCUUAUUCCUACUUUGUGGAAUUCUGCUAUGCAGAAGAAAAACAAGAACAAAGUGCUUUGAGACCACUUUUUGAGUUCUAUUCUGGGUGGGAACUUGGCUUCAGGAAUGGAGCUGGCCACUCAGAUAUUUUGUGUAAAUAGAAAGUCCUUUAGACUUGAAGCUGGAUUUCCCCCCAUCUAUCUCUAAGUAGGCAGGACAGACCGCCACAGCUCUGAGGAAGGAAGAAAGAGAGACAAAUGCAAUAUUCCCGGUCAUUAGAUGGCUAAAAUAUAUUCUCAACCACUUCUGGGGCUGUAAGGAAAUGGAUAUUUUUGCAAUUCAACCAAUAGUGUGACUAAACUCUCUUUUUUUUGCCCUCUCUCUCCAAUCCAACCUUGGUAACAACGCUGUAUUCUUUAUCAUUGAUUCCUCUGACAAAUGCUGUGGUUGCUAGGUCUACAUUGCAGCGGAUGUUUACUUGCAACAGGAUUUCCAAACUAUAUAUUUGGAUUUCUGAGUCUCACCUGUUUUGCUUCUGACCCCGAGUUUGCGAACAUUUUAUGGGUCAGCCUGAGAACUUAAAAGUCAAAGAAGAAGCAACAAACCCUAAAAAUGCAUUCUGGUGCAUCGUUUCUCAUGUAGAUUUAUUACUUUCUUUUAAGAUUAACAAACCCAGGCAAGUUUGGAAUAAUAUUGUCAGAGCUUGACCAGGGAGUAGAAGUUUUUUUUUUUAAAUGAAAUUUUCUUUAUUUUCUUUCUUCUCCAUGAAAUCCGGUUGCAUUUCCACCUGGAGGGAAGCCCAUUAAUGCCAGAGAAAUUUACUUCUCGACAAAUGGAAAUCAGACUGUAGAUUAAUUUAUCUCGAUAUAUAUAUAUAUAUACAUAUCAUUUUUAAUUGUCCACAUCCAAUUCUUAUCUCAUUCCUGUUUUCAACUAGUAAGAAUUCCAGUGAGCGGCCGGGACAAAAAAAUAUGGAUUUCCAGGAAAAAAUCUCAGGCUGGGACUUUUCUCCAACAGUCCUGAGCUCCAAUUUGUCCAGUGGCAUCUCUAGUAGAGGAGUCCAAAAAAAUUCAAGAUGGCAGCCGUGACCGAAGCCCCUCCCUCCUUUUUUGCAUGGGACCAAAGGAGCACAGCGCUGAUCACAUCGUUUCAGCCGCCAUUUUGAAUUUUUAAAAACUCUUCCCCCCCCGCCCCACCAAACAAUCCUGAAUUGGCUCCAAGAUUUUGUCCAAUGUUCCUAAUGGAUUCAACCAUCUUUUAAAAUGACCUCUUGAUCGUUGAUCCUUUGUAAGAAUUCAGAGAGCAAGCCAUAGUUUCCUAUAGAUUUUUUUAGUGGGGGGGGGGGGAAACUUCAGGCAAUCCAGCUCUUUGCUGGCUGAGUUUUGUGGGGUGUUGAUGAGAUUUUAAUACAGUCCAUCAGGAAAACAUAAUUUGGGAAUGCUAAGCCUCUUAGGUCAUCCGUGACACUUGAUACCAAGGUGGUAUUUUAUUUUAUUUUAUUUUUUUAAAAAACCUUCGUUUCAGAAAACCCCUGAACCUUGGACCCAGGCAUUGCAGAAACAAAGCGAACCUGGAUAGGGAGAACUUCUAACAAGGGUGACCAGGGUAGCCUAACCUUGAUUUUAGUUGUCACACGUGUGUGUUGCUUCUUGCACUUGUUCAUUGGGGUAUAUGGAUGGCUGGGAACCCUCUACGCUAGCUCUCUUUCGUGAUCACAAUAGGUAGGUAGAAAAUUAGCAGUACAAAAAUAACUCCUUUAUAUAGGACCAGGUCUAUUUCAUGUUCCUGUUACAGCCAAGCAAAAUCCUUUACAUCAGUUGAUGACGUAUUUCAUCUUUGCUGAAGGCAUUAGAAAUAUGCAAAACCCUUUCAGCCCCAUUUCUUGCAACUGACAGCAAACAAUCUUUGGGGUGAAGUUUCCCAAGCUUCCUGCAUUCCGGAUUUUGCAAAU